CUCAAAAGUGCCACUUACCAGUCGGUACACUUUCACUAUGGCGGAAGCGAUAGAGCUCUCAGCCAUCCCCACUCGACUAUCCCACUCCAAAAUCGACCGACCCCUGGGCGCAGCUUCCGAAAGAGGAGACAGCGGUGAAGAGCCCGACUAUGCGACUUCGCUACCUCCAGUAGACAGAGGGAGACGUGCUUGGCUCUUUCUGGUCGCUGCGACUUCGAUAGAGAUCCUGAUAUGGGGGCUGCCGUUUGCUGUUGGUAUUUUGCACGUGUAUUGGACCAAUACUCUCUUCCCCGAUUAUGGCGCUUCAACAGUCACGCUUGCGGCUACUCUUCAAACAGGUCUGCUCUACAUGAGCGCCGCGCUCUUCGGACCCAUCAUCGCGGCUUAUCCCCGAUGGCAAAAAGCAAUUCAGCUCUUCGGUCUUCUGGCUGCCUCUAUCAGUCUCAUAUCGAGCGCUUUCGUAACCAAGCCCUGGCAACUCUUAGUGACAUUCGGCUGUAUCUACCCUCUCGCCGGCGCUCUCUACAUGCCUUGUGCAACGCUACUGUUUGAAUGGUUCUUUGAGCGCCGAGGACUCGCCAGUGGUAUCAUGUACGCCGGUACCGGGCUCGGAGGUACCAUCUUCCCAUACAUCAUCGACAGUCUCCUCAAAGGCGUUGGGUACAAAGCCACCAUGUGCUCUCUGGGUGUCGCCUACGCUGUCCUCGGAAGUAUCGCUUUGAUAUUUAUCAACAGACGAGUACCCAUCUCUCGGCAUGCCCAUGGUGGGCGGGAGAGGAGGAGGCAGGGGCUGGAUUGGUCGUUUAUGAAGAGUAAAGUGUUCUUCUUGGGGGUGGCUACGAUUCUCUUGACGAGUCUCGGCAACUUUGUCCCGAGUUUAUGGCUCCCUUCAUUUGCCGAUGACCUCUCCUUGACUUCUCCCUCCGGCACAGCCCUCAUUUCCAUCCUCAACGCCGCCUCCAUCCCCGGUACCGCCCUCCUCGGCUAUCUCUCCGACCACCUCUCCAUCCGCGUGGUCAUCUCCAUCUCUUCCAUCGGCAGCUCUCUUGCCUGCGCUCUCCUAUGGGGGUGGGGUACGAACACAGCGGUGUUGGUGGUGUUUGCGAUCGUUUUUGGGUUACUCGGUCCGAGUUUCAGUGCGCUUUGGAGUGGGAUGAUCAGUAUCAUUGCGAAAGACGACCCCGUGGCGCCGACGAUGAUCUUCUCGAUAUUCGCCUUCUUCCGCGGUGUGGGCAAUAUCACAUCCGGUCCCAUCUCCGGAGCUCUACUCAAAGUCAACGCUAUGAAGGGAGCCACUGGGGCGUAUGGCUUCAACAACUAUGGCAUACUGCUGAUCUAUACUGCUGUGACAAUCUUGGGUGGAGCUGCCACGGGCGUCAUGUUCAAACCUCGAAAGUCAUAGAGCAGAGAGAUUUCGGUCAUGUACAGUAUUGUACCUAUUGUCUUCACUACUGAUCACGCAUAAAAAACAAACCGAUCUUAUAGCAAUGCAGCAUGAUCCAUGGGUG